AUGUGCUAUCAAGUCGUCGAACGCUACUCGGUCUGCCGGUGUCUCUAUUACAAGCACGCCAUCGAUCCCUGCGCUGCUCAUGGCCAGCGGGGUCACGUUGUCCAAGAGAAGACGGUGCUCGUGGGCUACGCCUGCAGCAGCCACAGCAGCCACCGGCCCGAGGCUGCAUAUGGCGCGGGAGUGCUCCCCGAUUCUGGGUACGGGAGCGACGCAUACGCAGCGCAACGAUAA